AUGACGCAAUCAGUACCAGAAGCUUCUGAGACUAUUUCUUCCUCUAGUUUUGAAGUUUUACUUUUCAAAGUAGAGUUGUUACUUUCUAAAGAAAAAACUUUUUCAUUUAGAGAAGAAAUAUAUUUCUCAAGAUCACUAGGUGCAGCUCAAAAUAUAAUUCCAAGUUCUACCGGUGCUGCAAAGGCUGUUGGAAAAGUUCUUCCCGAGCUAAAUGGAAAACUCACUGGAAUGGCCUUUCGUGUUCCUACUCCUAAUGUUUCUGUUGUGGAUUUAACCUGUCGGCUUCAAAAGAAUGCCUCCUAUGAAGAUGUUAAAGCAGCAAUAAAGCACGCUUCAGAGGGACAAUUGAAGGGAAUUCUUGGAUACACAGAUGAGGAUGUUGUCUCUAAUGACUUUGUUGGUGAUUCAAGGUCGAGUAUCUUUGAUGCUAAGGCUGGGAUUGGGCUUAGUAAGUCCUUUGUGAAGCUGGUCUCGUGGUAUGACAAUGAGUGGGGUUAUAGGUAUGUGUCUAUGUAA